AUGUUUCUAAUGAUGAGGAUUUUAAAUAGUAGGGAUUCAAUGAUCCAGCUCAGUCCUCUUUUAAAAAGAGUUUUUUUUCCGUUAGUUUUAUCAAAACCAAAUUUGCAAUCAUACAAUUUUUCCCUUACUUUCAGUUUAAUGUUUCAUUUAGAAACAAAAGUAAAUGCAUGUUUUAUUCUCAAAUCGCGUGAACGAAAAAUAUACGGAUGUGUUGAAGAUCAUCGAUUUGGUCCUACAAAUACUACCACUACUUUAUUUUAUUUAGAAAAGUUUGUACAGAAAAUUGAGUUAGAUAUUAUGGUCUUUUUUAAACCUGAGCAUUUAAAGAGCACCUUAAAGCCAGCGCGUCCGCCUAAGAAAUCAGUGGAAAUGAACGCAGCGAACAGCUUGCCAACAGUAACAUUCAAUUCCCUUCCUGAUGAUUUGGUAACUUGUAGCUGUGAUAACUGUGUGUCGUUCAUGUCCAUAUUCCCACUUUCAGAAUUUUUUUUUCUUGUUAAAUACAGACGUCACACAGAGUUUUCAGCAAUAAUUCCCUUAAAAGCACAAAGUUUACCUAAAAAGUCUAACAAGAAGGAUGAAAGAGCAUCUGAUGCGUUGGAAUGA